AUGGAGCGCAUGUGCACCCGUUUGAGCGUGAAAUUUUUCUCCGACAAGAACCCACGGUGUCCCGUCACCAGGGACCAAGUCGCCGUAUUGAUCAGGACAUGUCUAGCAGUACCCUACGGGGCCCUCAGUCUACUGGCUAUCUGGAGACGAAACCAGAGAUUCACGAUUUCCGAGAUGCAUCGAUUCAUGAAGACAGUGAUCAUGCCUGGGCUCACCAACAUGAAAAUGCUUCAAGACUUCUUCAGCUUCUUUGAAGGUUUGCUCGAGCCCCCCACAUGGAGAGCACUAGAUCUGUCGACUUUUCGCGAGAUGGUGAAUAAGGCGGUAGUCGCGCUGUGUCCGGUGACGGCUCGCUGUUCGGAAAUAGAAGAAACAGGGCCACUCGACUCGGAUUUGAUCGAGCAAAUGAAAUCGGCAGACGUGAGCGUCAUCGAGCUCCGCGAGCUGCUCUCUCUGAUUUUCCAUUUCGUAUCGAAGAGGAUCGAGGGAACCACUGUCAAAACCGUCUCGGACUUCUGGUUGCACGAGCUUCGGCCUGACGAGGCCCUCUGCCAGGAAACCCAGCAGGCUCGCAUCAAAUUCGCGUGCGACGUCGUCGGAACGAUUGCGAGCCCGGAAUCGCUUCUUCUCUAUCAAUUGCUCGAGCCAGAGGUGGCCAAACUCACACAUGACCUGCUUCAAAUCCGUUUCUAUGAGUGCGAAACGAGGCGACGUUUCGUCGAAAUCGAGUCGCUAAGGGUCGCGAGCGCCGCAGAAACACCGAUGAGACUACCAGCAAUAGACGACGUACCCGACAGCGGAUCAAGUCUAACUCUCCGCGAUCUCGCGAACCUAUCGACGAGUGGUCGUCUCGGUCGACUGCACAUCAUUUUGGAAACGAUCAACUCUCGUCGUCGAUUGAACUGUGCGGCUUUCUGCGACUACUGCUCGAAGACCGCGGAUCUCUUCGUCUCGCUUUACCCCUGGUACUACAUGCCCGUGACGGUGCACAAGGUAUUGAUCCGCGGAGCAGAUGUUGUGGAGAACACUUUGUCCGUUCCUAUCGGGUCACUGAGCGAGGAAGCCCAAGAGGCCAUGAAUAAGAUUCAUCGAGGGAACCGCCUCGGACACUCCCGGAAAAUUUCGAGAUCGACGACCAAUGAGGAUGUAUUCCAUGAAAUGUUGGUUCUCUCGGAUCCUUACAUCAGAUCUUUCGGGUCGCAAUCGCCAGAAACCGAAUAUGAGCUUGAUGAAGAUUUGCAAUACCUUCUGAAAAAUUGUGACGCUAAUGGUUCCGAUUCAGAAUAG